AUGGCCAAGCCGCUGACAGACCAGGACAAGAGGAAGCAGAUUUCGGUCCGAGGGCUAGCCGGUGUGGAAAAUGUCGCGGACCUGAAAACUAAUUUCAACAGGCACCUCCACUUCACCCUGGUGAAAGACCGAAAUGUGGCUACUAAACGGGACUACUACUUCGCCCUGGCCAACACCGUCCGGGACCACCUGGUGGGCCGCUGGAUCCGGACACAGCAGCAUUAUUAUGAGAAAGACCCCAAACGUGUGUACUACCUCUCCCUGGAGUUUUACAUGGGCCGGACUUUGCAGAACACCAUGGUUAACCUGGCUUUGGAAAACGCCUGUGAUGAGGCCACAUACCAGCUGGGUCUGGACAUGGAGGAGCUGCAGGACAUUGAGGAAGAUGCCGGUCUAGGCAACGGAGGGCUGGGUCGUCUGGCCGCUUGUUUCCUGGACUCCAUGGCCUCUCUGGGUCUGGCUGCUUAUGGAUACGGUAUCCGCUACGAGUUUGGCAUCUUUAAUCAGAAAAUUGUCGAUGGUUGGCAGGUGGAGGAAGCUGACGACUGGCUGCGUUACGGUAAUCCCUGGGAGAAGGCUCGCCCUGAGUACAUGCGCCCAGUCCACUUCUACGGACGAGUGGAACACACAGCUGAAGGAGUGCAGUGGGUCGACACGCAGGUGGUUCUGGCUCUCCCCUAUGACACCCCAGUCCCUGGCUACAGAAACAACAUUGUCAACACCAUGAGACUGUGGUCUGCCAAAGCCCCCUGUGACUUCAACCUCAAAGACUUUAAUGUUGGCGGCUACAUUCAAGCUGUGCUGGACAGAAACCUGGCUGAGAACAUCUCCAGGGUUCUCUACCCCAAUGACAAUUUCUUUGAAGGGAAGGAGCUGCGUCUGAAGCAGGAGUACUUUGUGGUAGCGGCAACUCUUCAAGACAUCAUCCGUCGGUUCAAAGCCUCCAAGUUUGGCUCCACCGAGUUUGUGCGACACGACCUUUCUACGCUGCCAGACAAGGUGGCCAUCCAGCUGAAUGACACCCAUCCUGCUAUGGCCAUCCCAGAGCUGAUGAGGAUCCUGGUGGACAUUGAGAAACUCACUUGGGGGAAGGCCUGGGACAUCGUGGUUCGUACCUGUGCCUACACCAACCACACCGUCCUGCCUGAAGCCCUGGAGCGCUGGCCUGUCGAUCUCUUCCAAAACCUGCUGCCUCGUCACCUGGAGAUCAUCUAUGAGAUCAACAGGAGGCACCUGGAGCGUAUCACCAAGCUUUUCCCUGGAGAUGUUGACCGCCUGCGCAGAAUGUCCCUGAUUGAGGAGGGAGACACCAAGAAAAUCAACAUGGCUCACCUGUGCAUCGUGGGAUCUCAUGCUGUCAACGGCGUGGCACGCAUCCACUCUGAAAUCAUCAAAGACACUGUGUUCAAGGAUUUCUAUGAAGUAGACCCUGAAAAGUUUCAGAACAAGACCAACGGCAUCACACCCAGGCGCUGGCUGGUCAUGUGCAACCCCGGCCUGGCUGAGGUCAUUGCGGAGAGGAUUGGUGAGGACUACAUCCGUGACCUGGACCAGCUGAAGAAGCUUCUGGAAUUUGUGGAUGAUGACGCCUUCAUUCGGGAUGUUGCCAAAGUCAAGCAAGAGAACAAGAUGAAGUUUGCUGCCCACCUUGAAGAGCACUACAAGGUGAAGAUCAACCCCAACUCCAUGUUUGAUGUGCAGGUGAAGAGGAUCCACGAGUACAAGAGGCAGCUGCUCAACUGCCUGCACAUCAUCACUAUGUACAACCGAAUCAAGAAGGAACCCAACAAGUCAUGGACCCCCAGGACCAUCAUGAUUGGAGGAAAGGCGGCUCCAGGUUAUCACACGGCCAAGAUGAUCAUCAAGCUGAUCACAUCUAUUGGAGACAUUGUCAACAAUGACCCUGUGGUGGGCGAUCGCCUCAAAGUCAUCUACCUGGAGAACUAUCGAGUCACUCUGGCUGAAAAGGUCAUCCCUGCGUCUGACCUGUCGGAGCAGAUCUCCACAGCAGGCACUGAGGCCUCUGGCACAGGGAACAUGAAGUUCAUGCUAAACGGAGCCCUCACCAUCGGCACCAUGGAUGGAGCCAAUGUGGAAAUGGCAGAGGAAGCCGGAGAGGAGAACCUCUUCAUCUUCGGCAUGAGGGUGCCUGAUGUGGAGGCUCUGGACAAGAAGGGCUAUGACGCUCCGUCAUAUUACAACCGUAUCCCUGAGCUGAAGCAGGCAAUGGACCAGAUAUCUGGAGGUUUCUUCAGCCCUGGCCAGCCUGACCUCUUCAAAGACCUUGUCAAUAUGCUGAUGCACCACGACAGGUUCAAGGUGUUUGCAGACUAUGAAGCCUACAUCAAAUGUCAAGAGAAAGUCAGUGCACUCUACAAGAACCCUAAAGAGUGGACCAAGAUGGUGAUCCAUAACAUCGCUGGGUGCGGUAAAUUCUCCAGUGACCGCACCAUUUCCCAGUAUGCCAGAGAGAUCUGGGGCAUGGAGCCCAGUUUGGAGAAGAUUGCUGCUCCUGAUGAUCCUCGCUAAACCUCAUCUGCCUCCUCCACCUCACUGUAGCUCACCAUGUGGUCCAUCCACUGAUGAAAAACCCUGUAGCUUUUUUCACUGUGUACUGUGGCAUUAUGUCUUCACAUCACUGAUCCCCAUACAACCUCUGUUACUUCCAGUUCAUCAUGCAGCAACAUGUAUUGAAGCGGGUUUAUUCAAAAUUUGUACUUUGUGUUUUCCCUCAGUGCACCAGCAAUGCAUAUUCUCACUGUUGGGUAAAAACCUUGUAUGGAGUGAACCAUUAAACAUAUACUUCUUUAUUUUGUUGCAGCGCCCUCCUAUUUUCCACAGUUUCCUCUCCACUGAUGUUUGGAAAUUCUCGGUCCAAACAUCAACCAGGCGCUGAGUGGAAAACUUUGGAGUGCUACAACAAAAUCAGGGACUAUAUCUUUAACCAAAUUUCCAUACUGCACUUGGGUUUUCACACAACAGUGAUUUUAAACCACAAAUCUAACCACACUCCCUUUCUACUUCUGAAUCUAUAUGGCUACUUAAACCCAGCAAGUAUGCCGAUAAACCUCAGCACUAUUAUGGCUCCAAACCAGCCCAUGUCUUCCAUGGAAGAGUAAAGGGACACUCAGUGGUUAAAGUUCACCAUGGCCUCAAAGCAGCACUGUGACUAGAUGUUGUUGGAAGGAAGCCUUGACUCCAUAUGCAUCGCAGAUUAACAUUCAUAUUACUGUUUCAUAUUAACAGACUCUCUGAGUGCUCUGUCAGUGUUUCAUGGUGUUUGCUGAAUAUAUCCAUUUCUGUGUUAUCAUUAAUGGUCAGGGGAGCCCUGUGAUGCAGAUGUAUUGUCCCCGUCAGUUUAGUUGUGAUCUCCUCAGCAUGUUUGUGUCUGUCUCAUUUUGUUGUACUCUCUUCCUCAAAGUGACCUGUGUUAGAAAAUAACAGCGCCUUCUCUGCCUAAAACCUAAGUGACUGAACUAAUCUUUGGGACAUGCGUGUAUUCUGUGGUGUAGUCGUGUGUGAAUGUAUAACAUACGUGAGUCAGUGACACUGUGGAUAUCAGCUCGAUUAAUGUACUGUAACAAACUGCUUCAGCUACUGCAUAUGACUGUGUGACUGCUGUGGUGCUGCCUGCACAGGCUGCAAAGAAAACUGCCCACUGCGCUGAACCUAACAUUUCACUUUUCUUUUUUAGUCAAUAAACAACAAAACUACAUCAACA